AUGCAGCAGGGAGCCCCGUCGAUCACCAGCCCAACCACUCCUCAGCAAGCACUUGACAAGACCGUCUUGGAUGAGGUCCAGGCGUCAGAAAACCUCGAGGCGCAGACCCCAAAGGAUGCAGAGGCGCAGGCCGACGCAGAUGGGAAACAUAUGCGAAUUUCUACAAUUGCUCCCUUCGAUUCCACGAUUCCUCCCUUUGAUCCAACAACUGCUACCUUUGAUCCGAUGCAAAUGGACCGAGAAGUUGUUCUUCAAAAACUCCUUGAUUUCAGUCACUAUGGGCCACGUCUUGAAGCGGAAGGUUAUCGCCUGCAUACUAUCUACCCUCCGAAAUUUUACAACAGCACCAUUCCACGCCACCAAUACAAAUACUCUCCGAUAGUCCCUCGUGAUACUCCAGGCAUUCGAGCGGUACUGGUUGUUGAUUGUGAGGUGGUAAAAAACAAGAACAAUCUUCGCAUGCUUGCCUCUGUGAGCGCUAUUGACUUCUUCACGAAGGAGAUCCUUGUCAACAGUCUUGUUGAGCCAGCAGGCGAAGUUGUGGACUGGUUAUCACACCGGAGUGGUGUGACACAGAAAAAGAUGAAAUCGGCCCGUCGUUCGGGAACCAUCAUGCAGAAAUGGCAAGACGCCCGUGAAGAACUCUGGAAAUUCAUGGAUCCGAAGACCAUAUUGAUCGGUCACACCCUCGUACAAAGCCUUGAAGUUCUCGGAAUCAUGCAUGGAAACAUUGUGGACACUGCGAUUGUGACCUCAGAGGCUGUCCUACACCCCGCAUCGCAGGACGAGCAACUUCGCCGCAAAUGGAGUCUGAGGGUCCUCUGGUAUUGGUCUCGUAACUUUUCUCGUGAUGGUGUUGGGAUCUGCUUGGCGACCCUGUUUAGGAUGACAGGGCUUGUUUGCCUCCAUAGAGUAGAUCGACUUCGCUCUCUCCUCUCUCUCCUUCUUUUCCCCGUCCUUUUUGGUAUGAAUACUAUUGCAUUCAUCAUACUUCUUCUUGCAUACGUAUUCUAUCAUAUGGUCCUCAGCAAGGAAUUUCUGAAAAUUGAGAUCCAAAGCAAGGCUACUGGACACACCUCUCUGCUCGACACCUUUGCAAUCCGUAAUGUGAUUAUCCGGUGCAUUGCGGAUGAAAAAGGACUACGAGCUUGGGCUGAAAAUGCCAGUAUUGAGAACCAGCAAGGACUGACUCAGCGGAUGAAAAAGGGCAAGCGUCGCCUUGAGAAAUGGAAAGCUCUAAAAAAGGCUGAGUGCAAGAAACGUGCCCAUAUUGACACCAAGGAGGGCCCCAAGGAUACUUAA